AUGCCAUCUGAUCGAUCACCAUCCCCAAACGUUGCGAGAACCCCAGGGGUAUUGGCUGCUGCCAACGAAAAGUUCUUUAGUAACUCUGCCGAAUACAUCUUCAAGGAGCCAUGGGUCCUAGACUUCCACGCGAAGCUGCGCGCAUAUUUAGAGAAGAACAUUGAUUGGUUGGGCAUUGCCAAUGAUCAUGGACAAAGCAUUAAAGUUGCAGAGAGGAAAAUGCUGGAUUAUGCUUGCGGAGAUGGAUUUUUGACAAAACCUUUUUUUACCAAAUAUGUUGGCAUCGACAUUGCUCCCGGCAUGGUUAAGAAGUACAACGAGACUGCCCUGCAUCUAGGUCUUUCUCAGGAGAAAAUGUACGCAGUGAAGGGGGACCUCUCGUCCGGUUCUACCCAAGAAUUCUCCAAACCAGAAGAUGUUCCGACAGCCGAUCUAUCUCGGGAGGAGUUCUUCAACUUCGAUUUCGCGGGGGUAGCCCUGGCGCUACACCACAUGGAAAACCCGGAGGCCGCGAUUGUGAAUUUGGUAAAGAGGUUGAAGAACGAUGGCGUGCUAUUGGCCAUAGACUUGCUACAGCCAGAGGAGCCUUCGGAGCCGAAAUGGGGGGAAAGGAAGGGCUGUAAUCACCAUCAUCAUCAUAGCUGCCAUGAUGAUAGCCACGGCCACAGUCACGAUCAUACCGAUGCUGCUACCACUUCAAGCUCCCUUCAAUCCGGAGGGGACACUAUUUCUCACGACCACCCGACUUUUUCACUUGAGCGAAUGAAGAGUAUGUUUGCUCGUGCUGGGCUGAUUGAUGUAGAUAUCAUCCUGUCUGACUGGAAGUUGGAGUUACCAAUUGUGGAGGAUCCGAAUACGAAAUUGCUCUUUGCGAGGGGGAGGAAGCCGCAAGUCUGA